UUUAGCUCUGAUAAACAACACCUAAUAACGCCCGUCUCAUAAUUCUUUCCCGUCCCUCUCGAAACCACAACCCCACACUAGUACAACCCGAACCAUGACGGAAGACAAGAAGCGGGGCACCGACAAUAACCAUAGCAAUGACGACCCCUCCAACAAAUCCCCCAAUCCCGCCAAACCAAGUGACAAGAACAACUCAAACACCCCAUCCCUCGCAAGUCGCAUCCAAAGCUCAGCCUCAGGAUUAGCCCGGCAAGCCUUCUCCGCCCCCGGUUCAUCAGGCGAUGCAGCGCAGUUCCUCACGACCGGUAGUAAAGCCGGCAGCACCACCACAUCCUCAUCCUCAGCCCUAGCAGCCGCAGAACAAUACAGUCAAGUUUCCGGACCCUCCGCCCCAUCAUCGGCGGGGGCUCAAUUGCGUGAUAGCAAUGCGGGGACGUUCCGCUCAACAACUACACCCCAACAGGGUGGGUUCGAGAUUCCCCAUCUGACGGAGGAGGAGUUCGCGCAAGCAGGCAACGAUUUCCUAGAGCCAUCUACAUCCACCUCGACUAUAGACAAGGGAAAGAGAAGAGCGACGGAACAUUUUUCUUCAGCCACACACCACCACGCCUCAGAACCAACCGAUGGCUCAGCAGUCAUCUCCCUCCUCUCAGACAGAAACUUCGAUCCCACAUUUCCGCACGACCCCACCGAAAUAAUCGAAACAGAACUCUCGCCCCCUCAACAACUCACACCAGCAGAGAUCCAAAUGCUCGAGACCUUCCGCCGCCAUAUGCCUGCCCAACCGAACACUUCCUCUCCAUCUACCCACCGUCUCACGUCUGCUAGUCUCGUCCCGGAAAUUGAUACAAUCUUAGAUAGUGCUCCUGCGCAGACGGAUGCAGAUGCCGCUGCCUUAAGGGAUACUGUUUUGGCUAGUUUGCCAGGGUCGGAGGAUUGGGUUGACGUGGAGGAACGUUAUCAUGAUGAGGUGUGGGGUUGGUUGAAACCUACUUUGGAGGCUGCUGCUAAAGAGCUGGAGGUGAAGAAGGAGGAUCAAAGGGGAGAGGACGGACCUGCUGUGCAGCGGUUGAAGAUGGUUUUGACGCAUAUGCGGGCAAAACUCUAGGGGCUUGGUUGGGGAGGGAGAUCUGGCGGUGGUCAUGUACUGUAUAUCCAUACACUGGUCUUUUGUACAAUAUGUAUCCUGUACCGAGGUUGCUGGUAAAGUAGUAAAUAGAGCAUUUUAUGAG